GCUCCUCCUCCUCCCGGCGCCCGCGCCGCUUUCUGGAAGGUUCGUGAAGGCGGUGGGCGCGUUCCGUUACCCCGCGGGCGGCCGGCCGGAAUCCGGGUCCAUCCGUCCUCCCCAAGCGCCCGCAGGCCCAGCCAAGUUUGCCAUGCCGGAGAACGUGGCUCCCCGGAGCGGGGCGCCCGCCGGGACUGCCGGCGGCCGCAACAAAAGCGCCUAUCAGGAUCGUGACAAGCCGGCCCAGAUUCGCUUCAGCAACAUCUCCGCGGCCAAAGCUGUUGCUGAUGCUAUUAGAACAAGCCUUGGACCAAAAGGAAUGGAUAAAAUGAUUCAAGAUGGAAAAGGCGAUGUGACCAUUACAAAUGAUGGUGCCACGAUUCUGAAACAAAUGCAAGUGUUACAUCCAGCAGCCAGAAUGCUGGUGGAGCUGUCCAAAGCACAAGAUAUAGAAGCAGGAGAUGGCACCACAUCAGUGGUCAUCAUUGCUGGCUCUCUUUUAGAUUCCUGUACCAAGCUUCUUCAGAAAGGGAUUCAUCCAACCAUCAUUUCUGAGUCAUUCCAGAAGGCUUUGGAAAAGGGUAUUGAAAUCUUGACUGACAUGUCUCGACCUGUGGAAUUGAGUGACAGAGAAACUUUAUUAAAUAGUGCUACCACUUCAUUGAACUCAAAGGUUGUCUCUCAGUAUUCAAGUCUGCUUUCUCCAAUGAGCGUAAAUGCAGUGAUGAAAGUGAUUGACCCAGCCACCGCUACUAGUGUAGAUCUGAGAGACAUUAAAAUAGUUAAGAAACUUGGUGGAACGAUUGAUGACUGUGAGCUGGUGGAGGGGCUGGUACUUACUCAAAAGGUGGCAAAUUCUGGCAUAACCAGAGUUGAAAAGGCUAAGAUUGGGCUUAUUCAGUUUUGCUUAUCUGCUCCCAAAACCGAUAUGGAUAACCAAAUAGUAGUUUCUGACUAUGUCCAGAUGGACCGAGUGCUGCGGGAGGAGAGAGCCUAUAUUCUAAAUUUAGUGAAGCAAAUUAAAAAAACAGGAUGUAAUGUCCUUCUCAUACAGAAGUCUAUUCUGAGAGAUGCUCUUAGUGAUCUUGCAUUACAUUUCCUGAACAAAAUGAAGAUUAUGGUGGUUAAGGAUAUUGAAAGAGAAGACAUUGAAUUCAUUUGUAAGACAAUUGGAACGAAGCCAGUUGCUCAUAUUGACCAGUUCACUGCCGACAUGCUGGGAUCAGCUGAGUUAGCUGAGGAGGUCAAUUUAAAUGGUUCUGGCAAACUGCUAAAGAUUACAGGCUGUGCAAGCCCUGGAAAAACAGUUACAAUUGUUGUUCGCGGCUCUAACAAAUUGGUGAUUGAAGAAGCUGAGCGCUCCAUUCAUGACGCCCUAUGUGUUAUUCGCUGUUUAGUGAAGAAGAGAGCUCUUAUUGCGGGAGGUGGUGCUCCAGAGAUAGAAUUGGCCCUACGGUUAACUGAAUAUUCACGAACCUUGAGUGGCAUGGAAUCCUACUGCGUCCGUGCUUUUGCAGAUGCUAUGGAAGUCAUUCCAUCUACACUAGCUGAAAAUGCUGGCUUGAAUCCCAUUUCUACAGUAACAGAACUAAGAAACCGGCAUGCCCAAGGAGAAAAAACUACUGGCAUUAAUGUCCGAAAGGGUGGUAUUUCCAACAUUUUGGAGGAAUUGGUUGUCCAGCCUCUGUUGGUUUCAGUCAGUGCGUUGACUCUAGCAACUGAAACUGUCCGGAGCAUUCUGAAAAUUGAUGAUGUGGUAAACACUCGGUAAUCAGAUAACCCUGGCCAACUGGCACCAUCGCAGCCACUAAUGGUGUCUUUGGAGUGGAAGAUCACCUUGAUGUUCCUUGCUCUUUGGAAGAUUGUUUUCCUCUACAAAUUCUCGGCCUGGUCUUCCAGUUGGCACUUGCUUGAAAUUGUAUUGACGCAAUUUAAUUAAAAUAUUAAGUGUUUGGUUUCAAAA